UGCGCGGAGUCUGUGCUUCAGGAUGAUGAGAGAGAGAGAGAGAGAUUAAGGAUUAAGAGCUCGUUUCUGUUCUUUUAAUCCCCUAAACUGAGAGAUUUAGAGCAAAAACACUACAGUUCGGAGCCCAGCAGCCAUUUUUAUGGACCGUUGGUGGAUAAAGUGGACUUGGAGAAGGACGCCGGUGGUGUGAGGGGAGAACUUUUAACUUUCUGUCCUCUCAGCUGAGUUCUGCUCAGGAUUCAGGAGUCAGCUGUUUACUUUUAUUACCUUAAUACGCUUCAGUUUGGGGAUUAUUCAUAAAUACGACCAUGAAGGACCGACUGGAGCAGCUGAAGGCGACCUGUGAUAAUGACGACGAGGACGUCCCCAUCGCCGUGGAUAAUCCAGCCUUCAUGGACGACUUCUUCACUCAGAUCGAGGAGAUCAGGACCAGCAUCGACAAGAUCGAUGAGAACGUGGCCGAGGUGAAGAAGCUGUACUCGGUCAUUCUGUCGGCGCCCACGUCCAAUCAGAAAACGCAGGAUGGCCUGGAGUCGCUGACCAACGACAUCAAGAAAAUGGCCAACAAUGCUCGCAACAAGCUGAAGAGCAUCGAGAGGAACCUGGAGACAGGUGAGCAGGAGCGAGUAUCAGCCGACAUGAGGAUACGCAAAUCACAGCAUGCAAUUCUGUCCCGGAAAUUUGUGGACGUGAUGACAAAAUACAACGAAGCUCAGGUGGACUUCAGAGAGAAGAGCAAAGGGCGAAUCCAGAGACAGUUAGAGAUCACUGGGAGAGUCACUACUGAUGAGGAGCUGGAAGAAAUGCUGGAGGGUGGAAAUGCAGCCGUCUUCACUGCAGGGAUCGUCGACUCCGGGAUCUCCAAGCAGGCGCUGAGCGAGAUCGAGUCCCGGCACAAGGACAUCCAGCGGCUGGAGAGCAGCAUCAAGGAGCUGCACGACAUGUUCGUGGACAUCGCCAUGCUGGUAGAGAACCAGGGUGACACCGUUAAUAAUAUCGAGGCGAACGUGUCGAAAGCGGUGGAUCACGUCGAGGCAGCAAAGGUUGAAACUAAGAAAGCCGUCAGGGGGGUAUCAUUGACAGGAUCGAAAGCAACAUGGACCAAUCAGUGGGCUUUGUGGACGACACUAAAAAAGCCGCCAAAUAUCAGCAGGAGGCGCAGCGCGUGAGUGGAUGAGAGCUGAAACACCCCGCCCACUCUGCCCUGACCGUUCCCUAAACUCAUCAUUAUCAUCCUCAUCAUGCGUUCCUAUAGCUGUGUCUCACAUGGACGUUUACGCACCAAACACUGAGGGCUGGGCGUACACACUGAUAAAGAACGAGGCGUAAUCACACAGACGCCAUCAUAGUUUCAUUUACUAAAGCUGUAGCUCAUCACACAUUAAAGUUCAGAAACGAGGAGAUACUAAUGUUAAUAAAUAAAGUCACUUGGAGCUCAGCGUGGCUCUAAUACAGCUGGGGGGGUUGGGGGGGUGAAAAGGCGUGGCCUUUUGACUGGGCGUGUGAUACUCGGCUCUCUCUAGCCAGAACGGUGGCGGUAAAAGUGCCAAGAAUUGGAAUUGCAACAGAGGAACCAACAAUGAUUUA